AUGCUGUACCGCAACUUCGCUGCCCGCUCUGCGCUCCGCGCCCUCUCGAGCUCCAAUGCCUCUGUGGCUCGCUCUUCUCUGGGCAACCAGAUCUGCAAGGCUCAGAUGACCUCGUCUGCCCGCAAUGCGAUCCGUCCUUCCGCGCCGAGCUUCGCGCUUGCUGCUCACAAGCCCGUUACCACCGCUCUCGUUCGCUUCUCUUCUUCCUCCGCCCACGGCAAGGAUGAGGAUGACAUCGAUGUGAUGGCGGGUAUGCGUUCCGAGGCUAAAGUCAUCGGCGAGACCUUCAGCCUGAGCCACGUCCCCAAGGAGGCUCUCUACCUUGGUAUGGCCGGUGUGGUCCCCUACCUGGCCACCUCCCUGCAGACCGUCUACCUCUCUUACGAGAUCAACCGCGCUGCUGCUCAUGGUGACGGUCUCAUCUUCUCCGGCCAGUCUGCUGAGCUGAUGCUCCACAUGCUUGAGCCCAUUCAGGUUGGAUACGGUGCCGUUAUCCUCUCCUUCCUCGGUGCCAUCCACUGGGGUCUCGAGUGGGCUGGCUACGGCGGCAAGUUCGGCUACCGCCGCUACGCUGCCGGUGUCAUCGCCCCCGCUGUGGCCUGGCCUACGCUGCUGUUCCCCGUUGAGUACGCCCUGAUCAGCCAGUUCCUCGCCUUCACCUUCCUGUACUACAACGACGCCCGUGCCGCCGCUGCCGGCCGUGCUCCCCACUGGUACGGCAUGUACCGCUUCGUCCUGACCUUUGUGGUCGGUGCCAGCAUUGUCGCCACCUUGAUCGGCCGUGAGCAGAUCCAGCAGACCAUUGUUUCCGAGCACACCAUCAAGGACAAGAUCAACGCUCUGAUCUUCCUCCAGAAGAAGGAGAAGGAGGAGGCUGACGCUCGCCGCCGCGGUGAGAUCGAGGAGACCGACUAA